AUGAAAAGGUUUAUCAAACCAUCAAAUCUGGGAACAAAAUACCCUAAGUUAUUUAAUUGGUAACCUGAAAAUUAUGGCUUACCAAAAGGUUUUGCCAUGACCAACUUCACAGAAUUAAAAGGGUGUGGAUGUAAGGUCCCAUAAACAUAAUUGUUGAAAUACUUGGGCUAGAUUGGUGAAGGUGAUAUUGGAAAGGAAACACCAGAUGUUUCUGUAUAUCCUGUAAAGAGAACAUAGGAUUUUCAUACAAUUUCAACUAUAGAUUACUUCUACCCUCUAGUAGCCAAUCCUUAUGCAUAAGGUAGAAUAGCAUGUUGUAAUGUGUUGAGUGACCUCUAUGCUAUGGGUGUUACUCAAGUUGACACAAUGCUCAUGGUAUUGGGUGUCUGUACCAAGAUGACAGACGAAGAAAAAUAAAUAUCUACAUCACUUAUGUUAGAAGGUUUUAAUGACUGUGCAAAGGAAGCAAAAACUUCUGUUACUGGGGGAUAGAGUGUCUAGAGUCCUUGGCCAUAAAUGUAUUUAUUUAUUUAGAUUUAUUAGAGGUGGUGUUGGAAUUGCUUCAAAUCACAAGGAUGACUUUAUCAUGCCCAAUGGUGCUGAGGCAGGUGAUUAUUUAGUUUUAACAAAACCUUUGGGUGUUUAAUUAGCUGUUAACACAUAUCAAUGGAUGACCACUAUACCAUCGAAAUGGGAUGCAAUUAAAGGAAUAACAAAUGAAAGUGAAAUUAAUUAAGCAUUUGAGCAUGCAACAAAGAGCAUGUGCACAUUAAAUGCUGCAGCAGCCUCCUUAUUUAAAAAGCACAAUAUCAAAGCAUCAACUGAUGUAACAGGAUUUGGAAUCUUGGGACAUGCCAGAUAUUUAGCUAGAGCUUAAAGAAGAAAAGUCUAAUUUGUUAUUGAUCAACUACCUAUCAUUCAAAAUCUAUACAAAUUGGAUAAAAAGGCUAGAGAUUUUAGAUUUUUGGAAGGUCUUGCUGCUGAAACAUCUGGAGGAUUACUAGUAGCUACAAAGGAUCCCGAUUCAUUUCUUAAAGAUUACAAACAUCUAAUUGGAGAAUGGGGUUGGGUUAUUGGUAGAGUUGAAAAAAGUCAAGAAAGAGAUGCAAUCAUUUCAAAAAAUGUAAAGAUCCAAGAAGUUUGA